UGAAAUCACAAUCUGCAUAUAAUUAGCUGUCAAGUUGCGACCACAGACUUUAUUUAUUAUUUACUAACCAAACAAGAGGCUGAAAUGUUAACAGCUUCAUGAGGCUGUAUAAUCUCAGCUGAUUUACAGCAUUAUAUUGAACACAAAGGUAGGAGGGGUGUCCACAUAAUAGUGUAACUUUCACUUCCUUGUGGGCGGAGCUUUCUUAGCCGUUGCCAUGAGAGACGGAGGUCGCGGGGCAACAACGCGUAGAAAUGUUUGAACACUUUAACGCAGUUUAUUCAGUAAAAUUAUUUGUCAGUGUUUCUGUACAACUUUAGUCGACUUCUUGACAAUACGCUCAUCAUGAUUAAUCGAAACUCUACGCUGUAUUCGAGUCGUUUGCUGUGUCCGCGGAGCAGCAACGUCACUGGACGUCCGGGCCUGAAGGAGCCGGACUCCCUGGAGACUCAUCCCCGCCGACAGCUGCAGGUGAGACGGCGUGGCUGCGUGGAGGCACCGCGGAGACUGAGUGAGCCCCCCAGACUUCCCUCCCAUCUUGAGACUAAACCAGUGAUCCUGCGCAGUGUGAGACAACAACACGUGUGGAAGGCGACUACAGAUGACCCACCGAAGAUAGUCGGCCAAUCCAUUAACAGCAGCCCUCCAGAUUCCACAGGAGGAAGUAAGAGUUUGCCAGUUUGCCGUACCCAAGCUGGAAAAAGAGCAGAUAUCGUUUCCCUGAGGAAGCAUCUGGGCCACGCCAGGCGUUUGGCAUCAGCAAUUAAGCAGGGCCAGAGCUACUUCCACCUCCUGCAGAAAGAGGAACAGGAGGAGCAGGAGGAGGCGGAGAGGCAGCGGAUGAGGAGGGAGGAGCAGCUGAGAACAGAGCCACGACCUCCCAGUUUCUCCUCUGACUCUGACAGCGAUUUAGAAGGGUGGCAUCUGCCUGCAGGACCCAGCUGGUUAGGUGCGAGUGAAGUGUGGCCGCGCAGGAAGAAGAGCAAGUCAGCACGACCUUUCACCCCCAUCCAUCACUCUCUGACCUCCCCUCUGCUGAGUGAAGCACCAAGGGAGGUCAUCUACCGCCAGCUAUGCUGUCUGAGUUGGCUGCUGGAGGCCUUGACUCUGGAUCGCUCUAGCAGAGUCGGCCCGCUCUCCGCCUGCUGGGACCCCAAAGACCCUGGCCGAGGCAGGACCACGAUAAAGACGCUGAAGAAAGAGAGAGCCAUUGAGAACAAAUGGGAGCAGUUUGUUUCAGCCAAGCCUCAGAGAGCUCAUUCAAAGCGCCCUCGCAGCUCCUCUGCGCGCCUCCACACCCACAGGAUGUCGUCCUUCAUGAGUGUGGGCUCCCUCUCAGCCCUCACCUGCACCACUGUGGGGAGCAGCGUGUCCUCUCUGGUCCCAGCGGCUGAGGAGAACACGGAGACAGAGUGUCCAGGAGCAGCAGAGGAGACGGACCGACUUCCUUCAGAGUGUCUUCACAUGCUGUCAGAUGUCCACCAGAAAGUCAAGACAGAGAGCCAAAUCUCACAAACCAGCAGCUGUCCUGCAAAGCCUCUGCUACAUAUCAGCCAUCUCAUCAACAACAAGACCACCAUGCUGCAGGAGCUGAAAGCUGCCUUUGAUGAGCGGGUUGAGGAGAUGUCUCAGAGCUACAUCAACAUCCUGGAGCUCAAAGCCAGAGAGAGGUUAAACAACGGUCUCCGGAGGUAUCGAGCCCAGAGUCACGUGACCGAAUCCCAUGGCCUUCCUCAUCACAUGACCUGCGCGUCCCCAGAGACAGAGGCUCCAAACAGCAACAAUAAAAACACACACAACAACAAUAUGUGGCUGUCCACUCUGCUGAGCAGCCUGCCUGAGGAGGUGUGCAGGGAGCGAGCGGUGAGCCGGGUGCUGGAGAAGCUGAGUGGAUUUGCAGAGCAGCAGACUCUCAGGGUUCAACCUCAGGUCUUCCUGAGGGUGCUGGGGGGUCUGGAGCCGUGGGAGCUCUGUCUGCCUGAGCUGUGUGUGGCCAUCCAGAUUGCCACAGAACAUGUGGUCCAGAUGCCCAGGACAGAGUACGAUGCCUGGUUGCGUUCAAGGGUCACUCUGCCCCCACAGUAACACCAUGCCCCCAAACACCAGGUGAACCACACUCAUUAAGACCUGGAGGACGACUACAGACAUGGACAAAUAGAUGAAGAGAAGACUAACACACCAAGGUGGUGAAUUAAAUGUGAGCUCAAGGCUGAAGCUGCCUAAAUUAACCUCAAAAGUAAUGGGGGGAAAUGAUAAGUGAAAGUGAUAAGUAAGAGUUAUUUUGCAUUUAAGCUGGCAGCACAGACAAUGCCAACUUGAAGCAAAUCACAGGGUUAAUGAUAAGUAAAAGAUAACAUGAAAAGAAACUCAGCAACUCAAACUUAGAAGAUGAUAUCGUUAUUAUUUCAAAGUUAAACUCAACUGCUGAAAGACAAGGAAGAAUUAGAUUAAAACAGUGUCUUUAGGUCCUUAAAAUGUCUUAAAAUACCUUUAAUUCCUUAUUUAAGACUAGUCCAUACCCAUUGAGUGCACAGUUGCCCACGAACAGUUUCACAUGGUGUGUGUUUGGGAUACAGGUCAUAGGAAGUUGCAGAUUAAAUAGUCAACUGAACCCAUUAAGAAGAGCAAUGUAUUCAGACAGAGUGUUUGUGAAUUUGAUUGUACAAUUGCUUUAUUGAAAGUACAGUAGCACCAUUGCCAAUAGUGGGAUAGUUAGUGGACUAAAACUGUACAUUAGUAGUUGAGGUAGCACGUUGAAAGGCAGAUAGUUAAAGUGUUUAUAUGUUGUAUUGACUUAAAAGUGAGGUGCACUGGUAAUUCACAUGGGAAAGGUGCAGCACAGUUGCCAAUUAGAGUUAAAUUUCUCCAGUCACCUUGAGGCGUCCUGUUCUACAUAUCUACCAAGUUUAGUAAAAAUCCAUAUGGCGGUUAGGCUUAGAUAAGAAAUUAGCUCUCUAGCGCCCCCAUUUUGUUUGAUGGGGUCAAUAAUGGAGGGGUCCCCUCAGAUUAUGUGUGGUCAUAUGCCUACAAAGUUGCGUGGUGAUGGGUGAAACCCUUGAGAUGUUAUACACCUUUAUGUGAUGAGCCACGCCCUCCGCAAUAUUCAUUGCCUUAUAGAAGCUCAGUUUUAGUAAGUUUUCCAACUUUUGCCAAGAGGGAACUUUAGAUAUUGGUCCCUAGAUUAUGUUCACCCAGUUUCAUGCAGAUCGCUCAAACUUCCUCGGAAGAGAUCGAUUUGAAGUGUUUUUUUAAAAAUUCAAAAUGGCGGAAAAUCUCUAUAACCGGAAGUGAUGGGUUCUUGAGGCAAAUGUGUUCCUCAUGAGGAGAGGCAUCUCUGUGCAAAGUUUCAUGUCUCUACGACAUAUGGGGCAUGAGAUAUGCCCAUUCAAAGUUUGCAAUUUCAAUCAGUUGCUAUAGCGCCCCCCUUUGGCCAAUUGAUGUAAUAUUGCUUCAUUGGCAUCCUCCCAUGACCCUCUACCACUGUGCCAAAUUUCACAUGGAUUGACCAAGUCAGUGAGGAGAAAAACGUGGAACAGACAGAGUUUUUGUCAUUAUAUAGUAAGAUAAAUAUAAGGCCUUAAAAGCCAUUACAUGGUCUUAAAUUUGAAUGUAUGUGCUCUUAAUUGCCACAAACAUUUCAUGUAAUUUAAUUUACACAGCUUUUUUAUUUCUUUUUGUCAAAAAGAAUCAAAAUCUUCUGCAUCAAAGUUCACAUUUCUGAUGUUACAAAUCGUUAAACCUGCCACUAAACAUAAUACUCUGCUUUUACGUUUUACUCACACUCACCUGUUGGCAAAAUGUACAUUAACCUAACUCACUCUAAUAACCAUAUUCCUACAUAAAACCUACAUCUGCACAGGACCACAUACAUACUACUUACCUUUAUAUUUACCUGCAGUGCUUGAAUAAAAAAAAAGAUGAAUAGUCCAAAGAUCACUUUUGAAUUUGGUUAAAAAAUAUCUUUAAAAGUUCAAUAAAUUUAAGUGUCUGAUGCCUGUAGACAGCCUGUAAAUGUGCAGGACUUUUUACCCAAAUAAGCACAUGGUCACACAUGUGUACAGGUCGGGAUAAACACAGAGAUACAGGCACACACAAUGAGGGAGAAAGCAGGAUGUUUGAGUGGUGCAUACCAUUCAGUCUACAGUCAAGGGUUACAAAGAGCAACUAAAUCCCUUCCUGGAUGCCUGCUCACUGUUUUCUAACACAUUGCUCUGUAAGCCUCCACAGAUGAUGUAAUUCAGUCAUUAGUUCUUUAGUGCUAUGUGGCCAAAUAUUUUUGUGUUUGUCUAUUUGUUUGCACUAAAUGUCCUAGUGCAUCAUUUUACUUGCAUCUUGCAGCAGCCAUUUCAGCUGUAACUACCAAGUUCUUCUUUUAUUCAGUCUUAACAAACCACUGCAGAUGUUGCCAAAUAUAAAAUUCGUUGUAAAAACCACCCCUUCCUGUUUGCAAGAACAUUUUUCCUGGAAAGUCCUACUUGACUCAGUGUUUAGACGUUCUGUAGAAGCGUUUCCGAGGCAGUUAGGUUGAGUCACUAUCACACACAGUAUUAGCUGUCUGUAGAGAACAGCAUAAAAGGCAUUUACAUAAAAAUAUCUGUUAUAUUUUUAUGUAAAUGCCUUUUAUGCUGUUUGAAAUGUUUCUUUCUGCUAAAGUGCGGGGCAAAGUUGACAUUAGCGAUCCAAUGGGACAAUGGAUGAACAAUCUAAUAUACAGACACUCAGUUGUGCUGUUGAACCCAGCCAAACAUGCACAUUGACCUUUAACCCCGCCUCGCCUCCUGAUGGGGUUGUGAAUAAAAGCGGCUGACCUUCAGCUCUGCCUGUUAGAUAAGAAUAAUGAACUCUCUUUUCAGCGCUUCCACCAGCAUUUUGGGGAAAUAGAAAGUGGCUGAAAUCAUGUCCUGUGAAUGAAUGUUUGAACUUAAUGUAGCUGAGAUGCCUUUUUGUAGGGGAAAUUAAUGUUUGUCUGCUUCUUGUAAUGAUGUGCGAUAUGUUAUCAUGUUUGACAAAUAUGCUUCUGACUUCUAGUAAC